AUGACGAAAUCAGACAUCUCCGUAGAUGUACUGGUCAUUGGCGCUGGCCCAACUGGUUUAGGAGCUGGAAAGCGUUUACAUCAGUUGGACGGGCCAUCAUGGAUGAUCAUUGACUCGAGCGAAACACCUGGAGGACUAGCUUCUACAGAUAUCACACCUGAAGGCUUUCUCUACGAUGUUGGCGGGCAUGUCAUCUUCUCGCACUACAAGUAUUUCGACGACUGCAUUCACGAGGCACUGCCCAAAGAAGAUGACUGGUAUACACAUCAACGGGUCUCCUACGUCCGUUGCAAGGAACAAUGGGUGCCCUAUCCAUUCCAGAACAACAUCUCCAUGCUGCCCAAGAAAGAGCAGGUGGAUUGCAUAGAUGGUAUGAUUGAUGCAGCAAUGGAGGCAAGAGUGUCCAACACGAAGCCGAAAAACUUUGACGAAUGGAUUGUGCGAAUGAUGGGUGUGGGUAUUGCCGAUCUCUUCAUGAGACCCUAUAACUUCAAAGUCUGGGCAGUACCAACAACAAAGAUGCAAUGCCAAUGGCUGGGUGAGCGUGUCGCUGCUCCGGAUAUCAAGACUGUGACAAAGAACGUCAUUAUGCAGAAGACCGCCGGUAACUGGGGACCCAAUGCCACCUUCCGCUUCCCAGCACAUGGUGGGACAGGUGCCAUCUGGAUCGCCGUUGCCGAUACUAUACCCAAAGAGAAGACGAGGUUUGGCUCGCAUGGCACUGUUAAGAAAGUUGACGCAGAUGCUAAAGUGGUCACCCUUGAGAACGGCAAAACAAUCAGCUACGACAAGCUCAUCAGUACAAUGGCCGUCGACGCUCUCGUUGAGAAGAUUGGCGACAGUUCCCUUAUAUCUCUUUCCAAUGACCUCUUCUAUUCCUCCACCCACGUUAUCGGCGUCGGCAUCCGAGGCGAGCGCCCUGAGCGCAUCGGCGACAAAUGCUGGCUAUACUUCCCGGAACCAGACAGCCCAUUCUACCGCGCUACCAUAUUCUCGAACUACUCUCCCAAUAAUCAACCCGCUUCAUCCAAGAAGCUUUCCACCAUGCAGCUUGCAUCCGGCGAGAAGCCCUCGAAUACUUCCCCACAAGAAGGCCCCUACUGGUCCAUUAUGCUCGAAGUCUCCGAGUCCUCCAUGAAGCCCGUCGACAACGCAAACAUGCUCCGCGACUGCAUCCAAGGCCUUAUCAACACCGAUAUGCUCAAGCCCAAUGACGAAAUCGUCAGCACAUACCACCGCCGCUUCGACCACGGCUAUCCUACCCCAACCCUCGAGCGCGAAGGCGUUCUCAAGCAGCUUCUGCCCAAGCUGCAAGAGAAAGACAUCUAUUCCCGUGGCCGCUUCGGCAGCUGGAGAUACGAGGUCGGCAACCAAGAUCACAGCUUCAUGCUGGGUGUGGAGGCCGCUGAUCACAUUGUGAACGGCGCCGCGGAACUGACGCUCAACUACCCCGACUUCGUCAACGGGAGGGUCAACCAUGAGCGACGCCUUGUUGACGGUGCACAGUUCUUCAAAUCCAAAAAAGGCAUCCGUGACGAGGGAAAACCGCUCAAGCCGAAUGGGGUCGAGACGAAUGGUGAGGCCAAGGCUUCGUCCGGGCAUGCGAGGAAGGCGAGCAAGGGGGUCUCGGUCAAUGGGCAAUAA